AUCCUAAUAGAAGAUACCAACGUAAGGAAGAUUGUUCUAACUUUUUGACUAUUAUUUAAUACAAAAUUGAUAUAUAUCAGGCAAAAAAAGAGAAGAAUGAAUGAUUAAUUUUAAUAAUAAGAGAGAAUAUUUGAUUGUUAGGUUAUGUCGAACUAAGAAACAAUGUAGUAAACAUUCUUCUAGUUUCUCGAGUGAGAAAUGAAUUAUCCUAUAUUCAUUUUGUUAUACCACGAAUCUAAAACGAGUUGAUUAUUAGGCAUAGACAAAGGACGUUCAUACGUCGAAUCUACGCCAAUAUCAUCGCGAUUUCAUGGAUUAUUCGCAACAAAGAUUGUUCGUGUGUGCAAUGAUCGCCAUUUUGCUUCUCUCACAUCUGACAUGUCUUUCUAAUGUUAUUAUCGAUGAAUACCGUAAUUCGUGCGUGAAAAUCUUAAAUUUCCUUGAAGUGUAUCUUUUAAGAAAAGGUCAAGUUAUUUCUGAUUGGACAAUAGUCACCAUUAUUAUUUGGAAUAAUCUCUUGUUGUUCCAAUUUCGAUUAAACUACGUUAAACCCCGAGCUAAGCAACCACUAGAUAAAGGCAAUUUUAUGUGCGUAAUCAUAGAUAUUUUACUCUUGUUACAAAGUUUUUAAUAUGUAACAGAGAAAUGAUUAAAUGAAUUUUUAAUGUUACGUCGUUGAUAAAUUUGUUCGCAAUAUUUUCUAUGGUGUCUCGUUGUCAAUGCAAGGGGUGAACAUAACCAAAUAUUGUUGACCUCCAACGUUGUGUGUGCUCAUGUCAUCGCUGAAAAAAGAACACUUCUUAAUAUGAUUUUAACUUGUCAGAUAUUAUUGAUACUUCCUUCAGCAAUAUUUUAUAUCUUAAUGCACCAUAUAUUGCAGUUGAUUAAAGAUGCAUAGGAUUUGUUAGCUAUAAACUGCUAUGUAAGAAAAGGAUUGUUUUUACUUUCAUAUAGAUAUGUACUAUAGUCUCAUGCUUGUUGCUUAAAUUGAGUCUAUGUAAACACUAUGUACAUUCAAAUUUAAAUCCAAAUACAAUAACAGUAUAGUUUGAAAAUUCUUAAACGUUUAUCCAUAAGAUAUUAAACAUAUUUUCAAAGAACUUGUUAUGAGUAUUAGUAAAGUAAUAUACAUAUUAUCGGGGAUCUAUACACAGAUUUUGAAAUCAUAUAAUUUGGAUGUAGUUUGAAUGUAUUAAUAUGCAUACCAUGACGAUUUUAUAUGUAUCCAUAUAUAUAUAUAUAUAUAUAUGUAAAGUUUAAAUAGACGAUUAAGUACAUAGCAAAAUAUUUAGCAAUUAAGUAAUAUUACAUAUUAUUUUGUAAUAUAUGAGAUUUUUUACUCAAGUUUCUUUCUGCGUACAUAUUGUUUUAGUGCAAAUGUAUAAGGCUUUAAGGCCUAAGUGUAAAAAAAAUCUAUAACUGUGAUGUAAUUUAAAUGAAUUUAUUUUUAAUUUUUAUAUUUUCAGUAUUAUUUACAUAAUAAAAAGUGUAUAUAAGUGUUAGUUUUGGUAUAUCGCAUAAACUAAGUUUUAUCUAGAUAAGAAGAAUUUUGAUGUGUGGAAUAUUUGAGAAUGCAGAUAGAAUGGGCUGGAAUAAGAGUGGCAAUCAAUGAAGGUCCCUACGUCUGGAAACUCAAACAUGGACAAUAAAUUGAAGUUUUCAGAUCGCUUGAAGGCUUUAUUGAAAACUGAGGCUCACCAAGAUGUUGAUCCAUAUAUUUUUAGUGAACCAGAACCAUUUACUACAGCAGCAGGAAGAAACUGUACAGUAGUUCCGACUAAAAGUUCUAAAGUGAUGCAAAAUUGUAAAAAAAGUAAAGGCAAAUGUAUAAAAGAAAGGACAAAACUAACUCCUGUGCCAAGUGCAGGAUAUAGAACUGUUACAGAUAGAAGAACAGACUUGGAUGUGGAAUAUGGUGGUGGGAGAAGCAUAGAUCAAAAAUAUUCUAAUAUAGUUCAAAAUAAACGACGUCACUUAGAGAAUUUGCAACGACUCAGGUCAAGGAGACAAAAUCGGGACCAUACGUUGCUAUAUUAUCCGAAAGCGGGAGCCGAAAUAUCAGAUAGUGAGUCAAGUGGAGACGAGAUGACAGUUUAUCAACGCCAUUGGUUUUCAGGAGAUACAAGUACAGAAUUAAAUCGAUCUGCAAGAUUAUCUCAACUAAGAUCUCAGUUACGGCGACGUUUGAUUCAGUUAAAUAGAAGUGACUCAGACUCAGAAGUUCUUUUACGUGAACGUGCAAGGUGUUUAUUAGAAGCCGCUUACAAGGACCCAGCAUCUACAGCUAGAGCUUUAAGUGGUUCACCAGGAACUAGUAAGAUAAUAGAUGGGCCACUUCUAGUAGGAGGACAAUGUGGUGCUGAAGGAUGUCAACAAAUUUCUUUACCUUGUACGCGUCAUUGUUCUCGACAUAUUAUGUUAAAUGGAGAUCAACUUUUAUUUGAACAUUGCACUGCCAAAUUUAGUGACAACACACAGUGUUGCAUUCCUGUGUUUGAUGUUGCACAUGAAUUACCACUUUGUCCAGAGCAUGCUAGAAAAAGGGAUAAUUAUAAUCGUAAGGCUCAAGAGUCUAAACCAAAGAAAGCACGGAAAAAACCAGCAUCUCCUACCAUCCCAAGGCCUAAGCCAAAAUCCAGGCCAAAGAAAAGAAAGCGACCUCCUGCAAAUAAAUUAGAGACCAAAGGUACUUUAGCACAAGAAGAGAGUCAUUAUAUGGGCCAAAUGAACUCUAGUGAAAGUCACAUUAAGACAUUGAAUAAUAUGAGUGUAACACAAGGAAGCUCAAACUCUUCGAAUUUAAACUUAGGGUUGGGAUUAAGUUCUCUUGGACUAGGAGGAGGUCUAAAAGUCGAGUUAAGUGAUCAUGAAGUAUUUGCUUCUCUGGAUCCAACAGAACAUGACUUUGGAAAUGUACUCAACAAUUUACCUGCAGAUGCGUUUAAUGAUUUAUUUAUUGAAAGUAGAAAUGGUGAAUAUGAACCAUCAAGAGAGGAGGAAGAAGAAUUGGAACGAGCUUUAGAAGCAGUGGACAAAGAUGUUCGUAAUUUAGAAAGAAUGGGACAAACGCAUGGACUUUUAGAGCCAGCUUUACUUGCUCAACUUAUGUCAGACAUAGCUUCGUAGCCCCACCUACAUUAACACUAUAAUAAUCAGAAAAUAAAUUCGCGUGUGUUCCUUAUGAUGUAGAAAAAAGAUACUGUUUUGUGUGUCUGUGCUGCUACAUGUAAACUUGUGUCACUGACUUGUUACUACACAGUUGCACAUGUUGAAGACAUUGGCAGGGAUUGAUAUGCAUAUAUAGAAUGUGAACAAGAAAAAUAGUAAACUUAUCAAUUUAGGAUGAUGGACACUAGGUAACACAUGGCUAGAUUUAAUGUCAUGUAUGACAUACAGCUUGUAAAUGUUUAAGAAUUCCAUUUUUUCCAAUUAAUAGCUAAUUAAGAAAACUGUUCAUAGUUUAAAGUUGUAGUGUAUAUUUACAGCUUACUAUGAACAUACCAACAAAUUUUAGUUAACGAAGAUUUAUUUAGUAAUACAUUUCAUUACAUUAAUUUUUCAAAAUAUGGGCAAUGAAGAUGCAAAAAGUUAUAUUACACAAAUAUAAUUGACACAUUCAGCAUUCAGGAUAUCAACAUUCAGAAUAUUGCAAAAAUAUCAAGGUAUAUAUUCUCUUUUAUAUAUAUGUCACACAUUUAGAAUUUUAUUAUAAUUAGACAUUGUGUAUUAAUAGAGCUAUUUCAUGAUCAUCUAUUUUUCUCUUUCUAUUUGUUACAUUUUACUUAAUUGCUUCAUCUAUAUAUUAUUUUUAUCUUCUCAUAGUUACAAAAACUAAAUUUACUCGAUUUACUUUACUAUCCUAAAUGAUUAAAAAAGACAAAAUGUGUCCAAUAUAUAAAAUUAUAUCACAUUUGAUAUAGAUUAAGCAAAUAAAUGCAAAUAAGUGCAUUAUAAUUGAUUUGGAAAAGUGUCACUAAUCUUUUUGUUUUUUUUACUUCAUGCAUUAUGAUUGAUUUGAAAAAUUUCAACAUUUUUUUUUGUUUUUAUGAAUUCCUUGUAGUGUGUGCGUGUGUAUAUAUAUAUGUAUGUAUAUAUAUAUGUAUAUAUAUAUAUAUAUAUAUAUAUAUAUAUAUAUAUAAACUUAAAAAGAUCUAGAUAUAAUGUCAUCACCAUAUUAAAAAAUGAUAUUUAUGUAAAAUAUCUAAAAAAAACUUUUUAUGAAAUUUUGGGAUAGUAUAUUUGCAUUUCUAUUCUAAUUACACCAUGAAUUAUUAUAUGUUGAUGAUCUUAAUCUCUAAAUCAUUUGCAUUUUUUAUUUAUAGUAGUUUCAGUUAUUAAAUAACAAAUUAUUAAUGACAAAUCUCAGAUCUUUUCCAACUUUUCAUAACUGAUCAAGCAAUGUUAUAAUAUAUCCAAAAAGUGAUCUCUUGGUUAACAUAUGAACAGAACCAUUUUUUUUUAAAUUAUAUCUCAUUAAACAUCUUGUGCAUAAAAUAAAGUUUUACAGGGAUAUGACUGAAUUUAUAUAAAAAUACAUAUGUGUUGUAUAUCUCUGAACGAUUACUAUUUUUUUUUCUUUUUUUUUCCAUUAGUUCUGUGUUGUAAUAAUUCAUUGAAGUAAUCGUGAAUAUUAAUAAUACAUACACAUAAUGAUCAAUACCGUUAUUUUAUCCAUUUUGUAAUAUAUUCAUGUAGACAAAUAUUCAGUGAUAAGUAGCUGUAAGAAAUGAGUAAAAAACCGAAGAUGAUCUGAAAGAGUUUCAUUUUUAAUACCGUUCAUUAAUAUAAGCGCAAAAUAAUUUGCAACCAAUCUGGAAAUGACACGCGUUAUAAUUAUUUUAUUAUUCCAGUAAGAAAGAAAUUCUUUCGUCUUAAUUUUUUUGGUACAAUGUAUAUAUCAAUUUCCAGUUGAGGCACAGAUUCUGACAGUAAGACUAGAUUGCUAUUACAAAAUAUAAGAGUUAUGUACUGCCAUUUUAUUGCUAAAAUAUCAUAACUCUAUAGAAAUAUGCAAAGUACAGUCUUGAUUGUAGAUAUAUCGUGAAAAUAGAUUACAAAUUAUCAUAGUUUUAAUGCAUAUCGAUAAUUGAGUGAUCUAAGAAUUAAACAUAUAAAGUUAUUAUGCAUUGCAGUUAUUAGUUAUCACUAAACAAUCUGCACUGAAUAUAAGUACAAGAGAACAGAUAUAUAAAUUUGCUUGAAAAAAAAUCUAGUUUUUAUUAUCAAAAUCUUAGUGCCAAAUAUAUACAAAUAAUAAAGGGUACUUAGUUUUGUCUUUUAAACGUGCGUGUCAUUUAUCUAAAAAUGAUAAUUCACAAAAUUCCACAUUUUUGGAGUACAUUAAUUAAAUAUGAAUUAUUAAAACCACUUGCAAAAAAAUAUUAGUAACAAUCUCGUAUAAAUGAAACUAUAAAAAUAUUUGCAAUUGGACACUCAUAUUGGAAAUAAAUUAAUGUCAAAUACUGUUAUUUGUAGAAUGUUAGUGAAUAGGUAAAUAGUAAUUAUUUAUGGAAAAGGACAAUGCAAAAUUUAAUCAAAAGAAAUGCAUUGCUUCGAGUGUAUCUAUAUGUGACUCAUUGUAAAAUAUCAACAUUAUUACUCUUGACUAGACAUUAUCAAUUAUAAUAAGCAUAUUUUUUA